AUGUCUUCCAUUCCUUCAGAUCUGCUCGGAUUAAUAGAACUAAAUUCUAACUAUACGAAUAUCCAGAUCGAAAACAUGUACAAGGAUCUAAAAGAAAAUCCUAAACUUCCAAAAUUUCUCGAUUUGGUUUAUUUUCUCAUUAAAUUUUCUCCGUAUUACAUAUUAGAUCUCCAUAACAAAAAAUUAGAACUUAAGUUACUGGAAUUAAUAGUUAACUCGAAGGAUUCCGAAUUAAAGCCAUUAAUAGGUCAAAGUGUAAUGAUAAUAAGCGAGUUUUCACAGUACAUUUCGUCUGAAGAAAUCCUAAAAGCAUCAUUAAACCUCUUACAACUCUCAGAAGACAAAUAUAUAUCGAAUUUGCAUUCAUCUUUAGUUCUUUCUUUCAAUGAUACAAUCAACGCAUGUGCUGCUCGCCCAAGAGCUUUCUUUUCAUUGACACCUGAUGCUCCAACUCUCGAAGUAACAAUAAAUCCGAAAACUUAUUUCCGAAAUCAUUUCAACAUUGGUCAGUGGAUAUUCAUUCCCGAUGAAGUCCCCGAUACAUUCUCCACAUAUUUGUUUACUCUGUUGCUUGAUGACAAAGAACAAGUCAGAUUUUCAGUUACAAAUAAUGAAAUUUUUUAUGAAGUCUGGAGAAGCUCGAAUAUAAUGAAAUUACCAAACACUAGAGUACAAUCGGGAUCCUGGACAUUUAUUAUCCUUGAUUUCGAAAGAAUUCAAAAUUAUUAUUUAAUUUCAGCCAUAUUAAAUGGAAAACGCACUCCACAAGUACAAGUACAACUUGACUCAUUUAGUAAUGGUACUGCAAAGAUCCAAUUCAUUGGAUCUCACGAUCUUACACCAAAUUGGCCAAUGCUUGGCCCAAUGUGCAUCAAUUUACCAUUGGAUGAAGAAUUUCUAUCGAACCUCUACAAGUUUGGCCCGAGAUUCGAAAUUACAGACGAUAAUUCUUAUCAACUUGUUCCAUCUUUCGGAAAUAACGAUGAAAUCAUCAUUUCUGCGUUUGUUAGUGACAAUGUUUCGAUCAAAUUCGUCGGGGAGAAGCAGAAACAGCUCAGAUGCGUCUUUGAUAUUUUAAUUGAGUUUUGUGGUGUUCACACUCUCAUUCCACUGUUCUCAAUGAUCGAUAAAUUCUGUUCUGCUGAAGAUGAGAUACAGAGUUUCAUGAUUACCAUGAUAGAAUUAAUUAUGAAAAUCUUACAAACGUCGAAACUCGCUCAAGACCAGUUUGUUAAGGUCUCUGGCUUCCGUAUCAUCGCCAGAUUCCUUAUAGAUCAAAGACAUCAAAACCUUACUUACGGAUUUUACAAAAAGUGCUACAGUCUUUACAAAACCAUUGAAGACAAGACAUUUAAGAAGCAGCUUUUGAAGGCCAUCAUAUUAAAUUACGCUUUAUGGGCUCAUGCGACUAAUGAACAACUGAAAUUAGUCACAAGGCACUGGGCUAGGAUUGUUUUCAACGAACAUAUCGAAGAAGCCAUGGAAGCCAAGCCUUUCGAAACAAUUUUGUCCUCAAUGAGAACAUAUUUCUGGUAUACGGAAGAAAAAGGCGAAUAUACGGAAUACGGACCAUCCAGUGAUAAUCCACGCGAUCCAAUGCUCUCAAUUAGCGUUAUCAGAUCAAACAUCACUCAGAUAUUAUAUAAUAUUGCGAUAAGAGACUUUAAAGAGAACUACUUGACAUCGUUGAUUGGCCAUUGUGUGACAAUUCCUGAUUCACAACAAGUCAACGAUCUAAUUGUUCUCGUGAAGCUCCUAGCGUUGAAUGAAGAUCAACCAUAUCAAAAAGUGACAGAAUAUUUGUCAGCUUUUCUUUUAUUACAUCAUUUACUGAAUAACUCGAAUUCCACGCUUGUUUUCAACUGUCUUGAAGUGUUUGCAGCCUUGCAUGUCACAGGAUCCAUCAAAGACAUCAAAGAAAACAUUCAUUCGAGUAUUUUGAUGGAUUUCAUUCCUCCGAAUUUCUUCAAUUACGAGAAUUUCAGUAUGAUUGUUCCUUUAGUCAUGAAAUACCCUGAUUUCGUGACACUCAUGUUCUACAUGAUGUCCAGAAUCGAUGACAAUCAAUGCAUUGAGUUAGUAAUGACUCAUUUGCAAUCAAACUUCGAUUUCGGAAAGAAAAAGGAAUGGUGUAUCUGGCCAAUUAUAACCGCUUUGACAAAAAGAGGUGAAUACGGAGAAUUCGUGAUGAAAUUCAUUGCCGAAUCAACAGAAUUCGAAUGGAGUUUCACUUUAUCAGCAAUAGAAGUCUGUGGAAGAGCUCUUGGAGUCAGUUUCGAAGAAUAUCAAGGUUUGUUCAUGAAAUAUUUGACACAAAGAAUUUUGGAUAAUCCUUUGAUGAAAUUCCAGGAACAACAUAAAUUCUGGGAUUUGGCAACUUUCUUCAUGUUCUACAGACCUUCUGAUACAAAGUUCUCUUUGACGAAAAACGUUUUGCAAACUUCUAUUUUCGAACAACAAAGUUCUGUUGAAAAAAUUUUGAAUCAAACCGAAAAAAUUGAGAAGAAGUUUACAAAACAAGAUUUAAGAGCAAAAAUUUCUGAGAUGAAUGACGAUAAAUUUGUUUUUGAAUAUAAAUACGGUUUGAGAUUUUCUGAAGAUGGUAAAUGGUUGGACGCAGAAUUAGAUUUAUUAUUAUGCAAACAAGCAUGCAGAACUAAAUGCGAAACAUUCCACAACACUAGUUGUAUUUUUGCUGCAUUUAGUUUAGCGGAUAAACCUAAAGAAUCUUAUGAAGCAAUUUCUACAUUGAUAAAUAUGAAAGUAUCUAAUGAAAUCUACUUGAAUUUGAUACAGCACAGAGAUAAGAGAUAUCAAGGCAAGCAGAUAAACACAGAUUGCAUUGAGCAAUUGUUAGAACAAACUAAGGAAUAUAAUGAAGGAUUGAUGAAACAAACUAAAGCUGUAACAAAGAAAUUGGAAAGAUUUUCUGAAAGAGUUUUGGAGAAAAUGGAUUUGAUUUUCGCUAAUUCUGACACAGAAACAAACUCAAUGAACUACAAAGAUACUCUUCAAUUCGCUGGUUAUGUCGCAAAACUGAAAUUGACAUUCAAGAAAGAUGCAAAUAGAUUGAUUAAAUAUGCAACUUCUAAAGGAGCUCCUUGGGAAUUAUUGAAUGAAAAUAAUGACAAGAAUAUGACAUUUAUUACAAGAACUUGUGGACAUAACUUCAUCCCAAUGGAAUCUAUUUCUAUCAAAGAUUUAAAGGAUUCUGACAUUCCUCUUCCAAAAUCUAUUCAAUCUGAAAAUGAAAAUAAAGAAAAGAAUUCUGAAAACAAAGGUGAAGUGACAGAAAAAUCUGAAGAAAAGAAUGUUGAAGUUUCAAAGAAAACAGAAGAAAAGAAAGUUGAAGAAACUGACAAAAUUAAUGAAAGUGAAGUGACAGAAAAAGUUGAAGGAAAUCAAACAGAAGAAAAGAAAGGUGAUGAAAAGAAAGAAACGAAUCAAAAUGAAAUUGAAAAGACAGAAGAAAUUCAAGAAGAGUAUGGAGAUAUCAGUCAGUGUAUUUCAGAGAAGAUGGAAAAGAUGAAGAAAGAAAAGAUCGAAGAAUACAAGAACAAACCAAAUUUGUCUAUUCCAAAAUUCGAAUUUUUCAACGAUAAAAAGAAUUUUGUUUUACCAGCUAAACUCCAUUACAUCAGCAAUUUUACUGAAGAGAUUGUUUUCUCUGUUCUUUCAGAAUCAUUCGAGAUCAGAUACGUUUCAAACAAUUUAAUAUUGACAUUCGAUCAUUCAAAUGUUAAAAAAGUCAUGUUCCGCGAGAUCGAUGGAUUACCUAUUGGUUUAGAAAUAUUCACUACAAUCAGAGAGAGUUAUUUAGUUAUUCUCGAAAACUUCAACUCACUUACAGUUUUGAAUUCUAUUUCUAAACUUGAAGGAUUCGAAAGUAUCGAAGUCAUGACUAAGAAACCAUCCGAAUACUUGUUACAAACUAAAAUCACCGAACGAUGGUUGAAUUAUGAAUUGACUACAUUUGAUUAUUUAUGUAUUUUGAAUGAUAUUUCUGGUCGAUCAUUCAACAAACUUUCUAUUUAUCCUAUAAUGCCAAAUUUCAACACGGAAGUUACACAAUAUUACAACACACGAAAUGUUUUAGACAUGUUAGGGAAUGUUGAACCAUAUAAAACCAUAUUGAAAGAAUUGGGUAACGGCAAAGUUGACAAAAAUCUUGUCAAAAACAUUUCAAGAGUCAAUUCAUAUUAUCCACCAGAAUUCUACUCAUCAACAGCUUGUUUACCAAACAGUGUCACGUUUCUUGAAAAAGGUGACAGUAUAUUUGAUUUCAUUCGAAAGAACAACGAAAAUCUUGAACGAAACGAUGACUUGGUUGUUUCAUUCAUUGACCGUGUUUUCGGCAUCUACUCAUAUUACAAGUCUAUUGAAGACUUCGACGACAAAUUUGUCAAUGAUGUCAAACGAAGAGCCGAAUUCGAUGUUGAGCUUAAUUUCAUUCGAACAAACCCGGUUAAAUUAUUUGACAAAGAACAUCCUAAACGAAAACGAUUCGAAGCUAAAGAACCAGUUACAAUUGAGACGAACAUUGAAGACAUCAAAUCUGCCAAGAUCAUUCCAGAACAACGAGUUUCAGGGUGUGUUUCUUCAUUAGUUGUUUUGAAACCUCAUGAACCAAUCUUCCGAUAUGUUGUCACACAAAACAUGACACUAUUUACUAAAGAAACAAACAUGAAACUCGAUAUCGGUGACAUCCACCGUAACUGCAUUUCCGAUAUCUCACAUACAAAAACAGCCAUUGGAAAUCGACAUGGCGAAGUAUAUGUUUUAUUUGGUGAUGAAACCGUCGAAUUAUGUGGUUCAUAUUUUAAUUCUCCAAUCAAACUAUUAGAUGCGGGCACAGAACAAAUUGCAUGUGUGCAUGAGAGCAACUUCAUCAAUGUUUGGAGCACUCGAUCUCCUUAUAACCAUCUCUAUAUUUUACCAUCAUUCCGAGGAAAUGUUACAAGUGUUUUUCUUGAUUCAGAAUCAUCACUUUUAGUUAUUGGUCAUGAAUGCAAAUGUAUUUCAGUUUUCUCAUUGACAUUGGGUGAAAUCAUCCACGAUAUUGAAAUCGAUUUUGUUCCUCGCCACAUUUGUGUUGCUGGUAUUUCAUCAUUCAUUUACUUCUCCAGUGGAAAUAAAUUGUUCUCAUACACUAUCAAUGGUGAUAAAGUUUGUGAACGAGAGUUCAACAGCAACAUCCGAUGGAUUGGCGGUUCAAAGAACAAAGUUUGUGUUUUGACAUCAUCAAACGAAAUCUACAUUGUUGAUUUUGUUUCAUUGAAAGGCGAAAACGAACUUUUGAUCAAACCAACAUCACAAGUUCUUGAAAUUUCAUUUGCUACGAUGCCCAAUGUUGCCGCUGCACUCACCGAAAAAGGCGAAAUUAUAGUUAUUUCUUUCUCUAUAUAA